AUUGGUCGCGCAAAAGGUUUUAGAUAAACCUAUGUGUAUACACGCUAGAAAUCGUGUUUGCAAUCAAUGCGGUCUAUAUGCUCUGACAUUUUCCGGUUUGGAAACUUUUUGCUUCGAGCGUUUGUUGGUUGGACUCUUUAUUUAAACACUCGUCACCACCGAACCGUGACGAUUGCGCUAUAAUUUCAAUCAGUGCUGACAAAGGUGUUUGUGUCAAUUAUUGACGCGCACUCAGGGAAUCAGUUGCACGCGCUGCGUCGCCAGGUUGCAUGAACUGUUUACAUGCAGAGAGAUAAACAGGAAUAAUUUAGUGUCUGUGAGAAAGUUUAUGAAGAAAUACUUGGUAUUAUGACAGACACAAUGAAGAAUGUGUAAAUUUAUUAAAGGAAGUUAAAAAAAAAUUCCAGACUUUUUAAAGUUAGAAUAGAAUAAAUUAAAUCCCGCAAGAAAUGAAUGUUUUGUAUCUGUUCGUUUGCCUUUUGGUCAACUCAGCAAGCUGUCAAACUGUGUGUGAUGGAGGGCCACCUAGUGCUGUGAUUGAGGCGAAAAUCAACGAGGGCAUUGACCGCCUGAUGGCGCUGCGGAACCAGGACUGGGGUUGGGUGAAUACACCACAGGCUGUGCUUGGUUUACAACUUGGACGACCCGGCUCAAUAUUCGGGUUGAACAUGACUUUGAGUAAGAUAGAAACAGAGAUUGGCUCCCAAUCCAACAGAAACGUUGGGAAACUUGCAUUAUAUGCGAUGGCAUUGAAAGCGAUCUGUGAAGAUCCGUCGAAUUUCAGAGGAAUAAAUGUUAUGCAACUUGUACAACAAGCAAUGUCGGCCGAGUUUCGUUCGCAAAAUGGGACACUCAACAGCAAACCGAGAUCACAUUGGUACCAACUCGCGCUUGGAUUUCAAGCUCAAUGUGUGUUGGGUGAUUCCAUUGUUCCAAUACACCUGUCAAAAUUGAUUCAAUAUCAAAACAUGAACGGAAGCUUUGGACAUUCUUCCUCUGUCGACGUCACGUCAAUGGCUCUGUUGGCAUUGUCUUGCGUCCGAGACCGAAAUGAAGUUGCCGACACUCCGAUAUUGGCAUCUAAAGUUAACCUCGCGAUUCAAAAAGCGAUUGUAUUUCUUGGUCGGUCAGUUAUUUCUGACAGAAACAACGUUUGGUUUGGAAACAAAUAUUCCACUCCUGGUGCCCUCUUAGCGCUAAAGGAAGCAAACAGAGAUGGGGGUCCUAAUAUACAAUACUGCAGUCACGUCGUGGAAAGCAUGUUACGACAACCGUUGGCCGAGGAAUUUUCAGCAGCAGUUGCGCAAAUGCUUCCUGCUUUGAAUGGGAACAGCGUGUUAUCGUUGAUGGGAAAUGUUACUUGUCCAACACCAGACCCGAUUCCUGACCAAUAUCAACCUGCCGAUGUCACUAGUUUGGUACAUAGCUGCAAUGACUUUCAACUUGGAAACUUUUUCCAAGAAUUCUUUAAAGUUCGAAUCAAUGUCCGACUUUCAGUUAUAACUCCUGACACAAACCAAGUCCCGUAUAAUGUAAUUGAGGUUCCCAAUGUGGAGAAGGAUAAUACAUUACUGCAGGUUCUCCAACAAGCUCAAUGCAACACAGACAUAGAGUUUGAAACGCUAAAUACAGCCUGGGGUGCAAUGCUUGUUUCUGUCAAUGGCGUACGUGCUAAUCCUAACAAACGAGAAUAUUGGGCUCUAGUGGAUGGUAGUUCUGGUUCUUUUUUGCCGACAGGUGUCAGCACAUACCGGCCUUCCGAUGACGAGCACAUUGCGCUUAAAUUGGCGACCUGGUAGUUUUGUUCAAAGGCCACAAAUGCUCAUUUUACUAUAAAUACAAUGAACAUUAAAAGCACUUUGCUGUA